CGAACAUUCUCCUGCAACAACAUAAUGAAACGCACCAGAGAAGAGAGCUUGCCGCCCGUUAAUACAGAUGUAUAUGUUGACGACUGCUCCCACCAGAAUAGAAGGCUGCGACCCGAACCCGCACCAAAUUCCAUUUCCUCACCACCUGCGCGGGACCUGACACCGACUCUAGCUGAGAAACCACAACCUCUACCACCUGGAAAAGAUGAAAUUCUGAGUUCGCUCAGACUGAGACGGAUAGUCAGAGAAAACCAUGGUAGCUGCAUCAACCAAUGUGUAUUUUUUCCUUCAACAAGUACGGUUGCAAGUGAGCAGGAUGCAGGGACAGCAAAUAAUGUACUGGCAACAAUUGGAGGACCACAAGCAAAUUUCUAUGAUAAUGAACACUGCGGCGAUCAUCUAGAUAUCAUGUCGCAUUUUGUGGUCAAUGGAGUGGGAUACUGCAAGGACGCAGAGGAAUCGCCAACCGAGACACCAGAACUACUAACGUGCUGCUGGCUUCAUGUGGAUCAAGACGCUGUCCUAGCCGCCGCUGGAACUGACAGUGACAUCCACAUACUGAGCGUGACCCGCUCCGAGGAAAUUGCCAGACUGAAAGGUCAUACAGAUCGCAUCCUUGACCUCCAACCACAUCCCACCGACGUAAAUCUGCUCCUAUCCGUUAGCGAUGACGGAAACGUCAAGUUAUGGCAUGUGCGGGCAAAAAAGUGUUUAUGCGUGUACUUCGUCAAGGCCACUGCUGCUGCCUUUCACCCAAACGGAAUGUCCUUCUUGACGUCAAGCUCCAAAGGUGUGGUGGUAGACUGGGAGAUUCCUGAAGACCUGCUCCACUUGUCCGAGAAUGAAGCUAUAGCGGCUCCAGUGGAACACAUUGACGAGGGGCAACAGGUUGUUUGGAGUGAUCAAUUGCAUGGAAAUAAUUAUAUCGACUGCAUACGAUAUGUGGAUGAAAAGGUCUUAUCGAAGUCUGUUAAUGGCAAGGUUGUUUUCUGGGACCCAAUAUCUGCAGAGAUUAUCCAUUCUUUCACAAUAAAAGGAAGUGGUGGUAGCAACUACUGUCGUUUCGAUGUGAGCUCCUGCGGACAAUAUUUUUGCAUCGGGAACCCAUCAGGCAACGUUUUUAUCUAUAAUCUAGCUCAGGGAGAGCUCAUAUCAACGUUAGACCAUUCGAGGUCAACCAAAACCGUCCGUUGUUGUGCAUUUUCUCACGACUGCCGCAACAUUAUAUACGUCGGGGAUGACGCAUUAAUAUGGAGAUUUGAUUACAUCAGUGAAGAAAUGAUACAAGAGUGGAACGACGAAGAGUCUGACUGAACUUACAUCAUAUUACUCGUGAAAGAAACCAUACUCCGGCCAUGAAUCCCAUUAGACCCAAUACAAAUGGUAGUGAUACUGCCCCACGUUCUGAAUGCACUUGCAGCGCGUUAUUACGAGAAGGGGGAACCAUGGACUUCCGCUUUGCGCUACCGGAUUUCGAUGGAUGAUGCUGCUUUGUCAACGUCUGACUCUGCAGGUUACCGGACUUCAGCUUAUACCCCGCUGUUGUUAGUUGUACGUUCUGGACUCCGCCGAAGAAGUCCGUGACCAAAGCCUGUAUAGAGACGGCAUUAACAUGAGUGUUUGAAAAUGAGAGAUACGUCGACCCUACAUUUUCUGGUCUCCGUGGGUAUAAAUCUGUUCUUAUGCCGGGGGUGGACGCAAUCGCCUGUGUGUUAUAAGUACUAAACUGUAGGGGGACGAAUACAUUCAGUGUGAAAAUUUUUUCCCAG